GACUGAAGGAGGGAAGUGAGUCUGGAUCAGCUGUUAGCUGUCGAUCCUCCUUCCUCCCCUCACCACCAGCACCCUCCCCAGCGUACAGUAAAAAAAAAAAAAACAACCGGAGUACCCGGCCAGAGAAGACACAGCGUCUGCCUGUGAAGACAGAAGUCAGGUGGACAGCAGCUUCUCGUAGAUUCCAGCAUGAACUCUCUCCCAGGAAGAGCCGCACUGUCCCUGUGCAGGCGCACGGCCACAGGCGGGAUGAUGAGGGUCCUAUCAGGUGCCUCGGCUGCAGGGGUCCUGUCGGCCGACAGGGCCUCUUUCCAGGCUGUGCGGUCCUGCCACUCCGGGACGAGCCGCAAGCCCAGCGUGAAUACCAAGAAGAGGGGCUACGACAUCACCAGAAACCCCUACCUCAACAAGGGAAUGGCAUUCACCCUGGAGGAGCGCUUACAACUGGGUAUCCACGGCCUGCUACCCCCCUGCUUCCUGUCCCAGGAUGUCCAAGUCCUGCGCGUCAUGAAGAGCUAUGAAACACGCACUAAUCCUCUGGACAAGUACAUCCUGUUGAUGACACUACAGGACAGGAAUGAGAAGUUGUUCUACCGUUUGCUGACCUCUGACAUCGAGGAGUUCAUGCCAAUCGUCUACACUCCCACUGUCGGCCUGGCUUGCCAGCAAUAUGGACUCGCUUUCAGGAGACCAAGAGGACUCUUCAUCACCAUCCAUGACCGAGGCCACAUUGCCACGAUGCUCAACUCCUGGCCAGAAGAAGACAUAAAGGCCAUCGUAGUGACUGAUGGGGAGCGUAUCCUCGGCCUGGGGGACCUGGGCAGCUAUGGGAUGGGCAUUCCUGUGGGGAAGCUGGCGCUCUACACAGCCUGCGGUGGGGUUCGGCCACAGCAGUGUCUCCCUGUGCUACUGGAUGUUGGCACAGACAACCAGGCACUGCUCAAUGACCCUCUGUACAUUGGGCUGAAGCACAAGAGAAUCAGAGGAAAGGAGUACGAUGAACUGAUUGACGAGUUCAUGCAAGCAGUGACAGAUAAGUACGGGAUGAACUGCCUCAUACAGUUUGAGGAUUUCGCCAACAGCAACGCAUUUCGCAUCCUCAACAAGUACAGGAAUCGAUACUGUACCUUCAACGACGACAUCCAAGGCACGGCUUCUGUAGCUGUUGCAGGGAUCUUAGCAGCUUUAAAGAUCACCAAGAACAAAUUGUCAGACCACACUUUUGUCUUCCAAGGGGCAGGCGAGGCUGCUUUGGGUAUUGCUCAUCUGCUUAUAAUGGCCAUGGCCAAGGAAGGAUUGAGUAAAGAAGAAGCUGUCAAGAAGAUCUGGAUGGUGGACUCAAAGGGCCUCAUUGUGAAGGGAAGAAGCCACCUAAACCACGAGAAGGAGGAGUUUGCUCAUGAGCACGCGCAAAUCAAAACACUGGAGGAGGUGGUGAGCACCAUCAAACCCACUGCCAUUAUAGGCGUCGCUGCAAUUGGAGGAGCCUUUACAGAGAAGAUUAUUAAAGACAUGGCGUCUUUCAACGAGAGGCCAAUCAUCUUUGCUCUGAGUAAUCCUACCAGCAAGGCCGAGUGCACAGCAGAGCAGUGCUACAAGCUCACGGAGGGUCGGGGCAUCUUUGCUAGUGGAAGUCCCUUUGAUAAGGUGACGCUGGCAGAUGGGCGCACCUUCUACCCCGGACAGGGUAACAAUGCCUACGUCUUCCCUGGAGUCGCUUUGGGCGUUAUAGCCUGCGGAGUCCGCCACAUAUCUGAUGACGUUUUCCUCACCACCGCAGAGGCAAUCGCCAACAUGGUCACAGAGGAGAACCUGGCUGAGGGAAGGCUUUAUCCUCCUCUCAACACCAUUAGAGAGGUGUCCUUCAAGAUAGCAGUGAAGAUCGUCAACUACGCAUACAGAAACAACAUUGCUUCAGUGUACCCGGAGCCUAAGGACAAGGAGGCGUUUGUGCUGUCUCAGACCUACAAUUCCGAUUACGACUCCUUCACUCUGGACACAUACGACUGGCCAGAGGAGGCCAUGAAGGUCCAGGACGUGUGAUUGGGGUCAUUGGCGUCUCGUUCUCUCUCUAAACUAAACACGCUGCCAUAGCGGCACGUGAAAAUUGCCUCUAUUCUGAAAUUUUGCCUUUUAGUUUUUUUGUCUCUCUUUUCUUUUAUUUAUGUGACUAAACAGCUGCCCCGAGUAAAGCCAACCAAAUACUACAUAAGAAGAUUAUCUCAGUUUACCGAGUGUUGUUAUUUCAAGUCAUUUUAUCCUCUUUUAGCUCUCUACUUUUAGUUUUCCAUAAAAAACAUUUUAAAUACGCACAAAAGCAUAUCAGAUAUCAUUCUCACAACAUAAACCACACUCCUGCUGCAAUCUGAUUUCACAGUGUAUCACAACAUGUUUUUCUUGUCUUGACAUGAAGGAACAGAGGACUUAUUUUGAAGACUCUCUGUGCCUCUUACUGUGUGAACUCAGGAUGUCCAUGUUUUCAUAUUCCAAGUUCAAACUGUUAUAGGAGACACAUCUGGCUCGUCCCAGAUUUUCCACUCCGUCCCUGUGUGCACAUAUGUUAGCCUGCACGCAGGGCAUAAAACACUCCAUUAUCAACCUCCGUUUCUUUAUAAAACGAGUGAUUUCUGACAGCAGGCACUACUCUCUUCUUUUUUAUGUGUUUGGAGGAAGCAUCGAUAAAUUGAGUUAUCCUCGUUUUUGUUCACAGUGCUGUGCUUUCCUUUGUUUGUUUUGUAAAGAGCUCUGCCUAAUGUGUUUUUGCCAAAGUUGUCAGCUGUAUCAUAUGUUACUCCUAGAGGACGUGAUGCUGUGCACGCUUUAGCACUGAGAGAUAUGCUUGAAGUUUUCAAAGGGAACAUGAAGCUUUUUAAAUAAAAGUAUCAAUAAGA